AUGUUAUUAGAGCACUUUAAAGUUACAACAUUUCACUUAAAGACUCUUUUAGCUGGGGCGCGGAGGCGGCGGGGAGCGGGUGCGUGCCGAACGAGGAUCCGGCCUCCCACGGACCGCUCUCGACCGCGUCCACGCUCCGCAGGCUCGGGGACACCGACGCGGCCCGGAAGGGCAGGGAGGCACCCGCGGAGGUGCGAGUGCAGGCGCCCUCCGGCGAGGGGCGGGGCGGGGCCGGGCCGGUGGGCGGGGCGAGGUGGGCGGGGCGAGCCGUCUGCGCAGCUGCCGGAGCCUUUAAACCGGGCCUCUCGGGGUCGCACGGUGCCUUCGCCGCCCGGGAGUCGACACGCCGCGACUCCUCCGGUCUUCCUCUGCGUCCUCGCCUUUCUCCUGGACACGGCGCCGCCAUCCCGGGCGAUGCCCCGCUACGAGUUGGCUUUGAUUCUGAAAGCCAUGCGGCGGCCAGAGACUGCUGCUGCUUUGAAACGUACAAUAGAAUCCCUGAUGGACCGAGGCGCCAUAGUGAGGAACUUAGAAAAUCUGGGUGAGCGUGCACUCCCAUACAGGAUCUCCAGUCAUAGCCAGCAGCACAGCCGAGGAGGGUACUUCUUGGUGGACUUCUAUGCCCCAACAAGUGCUGUGGAAAACAUAUUGGAACACUUGGCGCGAGACAUUGAUGUGCUUAGACCAAAUAUUGUGAAACACCCUCUGACCCAGGAAGUAAAAGAGUGUGGCGGCAUAGUCCCGGUCCCACUUGAAGAAAAACUGUAUUCAACAAAGAGGAGAAAGAAGUGAGAAGACUCGGCAGAUUUGGCCUUCUGUUUAAUUCUAAGUGCACAGUGGUGCUGAUAGGUUAUUGUCUAGGAUGCUUUAGCUAUGAUGGUUUUGCUGCAGGAGGUGGGAGCUGCUGGCCAAGCCCCGGCCUGCAGUCUCCGUGGACAUUCCAUCCUCACUCGCUAUGUACUUUGUCGGGGGUGGGUGUCUGCGGCCACUGCAGCGCUUCCAUGUUUGUCAUUCACACUUGAUUGUCCUGCAAGCCUAUAUGGAACACAACAGAGUAAUAAACAUGGCUUUGUCCACACUGA